AUGCACUCACAGAAGAGACAUUCACGCCUUUGUCAGGUUGCCCUCAUAUUGUGUUCAUUCGUCGUCAGCUGCCCCAUUACAACCGGCACUGCCGUCUGCCUGCAUUGUCCGGACGUCUGCUGUAUCUGUACCAGUCGCCCGUCGUCCGUUGUUCGUUGUCCGUCAUCCGUCGUCUGUCGUCUGUCGUCUGUCGUCCAUCGUCAAUUGUCCAUCGCUUGGUCACCUAAUUCUGCUUCUCUCCGUCUAUUUUCACCUCUUUCCGCCGUCUUCCGUCGGCUCCGUUGA